UCAGAAUAUCUGCAAGAGAUGUACAAACUCACUGUUCUCUUCUUGUUUCUUCAAUGUUUUAAUUCUUAUGAGACUCAGAAUACAAUCUUUCAUGAUUCCUGUAACGGCAAUGUUCUUGGAGCUGAUAAUCCAGAUAAGUUCGACCAAAAAGUGGAUAAUGAUCAAGGGGAAGGCGUUCUGAUAGACGGAUUGGUCUUUGGUUGUUGUGCCUUUCUCAGUCAAUGGGAAUUCUAUGCAAAGAAAGAGACAGGUCAAGCCCGUUUACAGGUGUGGCGACCCUCGGGAUCAACCUGGUCACUGCUGGGAGAAAAUGUCUACGACGUUCAAGAAACGGACAAAAAAGUAACAUAUUCUGUCCCAGAUUCAGAGAGAAUAUUAGUCCAAAAUGGAGACGCCAUUGGUUUCUAUUGUCCGGGAAAGUCUGUUGUCGGGUAUGAUGAAAAGAAUGUACAAGGUGAAAGACAUCGGCAAUCGACAGCAACGGAGCUGGGCAAUUUUUCGAUUGGUUCCAGCUUUGGUUGGGAGUCCAUCACCACUGCUACAGACCGCCAUUUCAGUAUACGAGCAGAUCUAACAGAAAAUACACCAACAAUAUCAUCUGCGACCGUCACUUUCCCGGACACAACACCGAUUGGGACUGUACUAGGAACCGUCACAGCUUCAGAUGUUGACGUAGGAGAUGUCAUCACGGUUACCAUGACGUCACCGAGUACCGUGUUUGCUUUCGACUCCUCUUCUUUACAAAUAAAGAACAUCGCUCUAAUGUCGGCAGGAUCGACAAACCUAACCCUGCAAGUUUCUGACAUCUGUGGACAAACGCAGACUGGGUCAUUGACAGUGGUGGUCACCAAUACUCCGCCUAGGAUUAUAAACCUGCCUUAUAAUGUGGAUGUAUCUGAGGAUCAGACGGACGAGCUUCUCCUCCACGUCAUCAACGUUACAGAUGACUCCCCGUCAGACACGGUCACGUGUGACGUAGCGUCUGUUACUCCUGUCACCGAUAUCUUCUUCACAAAAAUAGCACAAGGAACAUGCAAGUACAUUAUUCCAACGAUAAGGUUCAAUAGAUUUCCAAAUUUCAAAUAUAUAGAAACAUAA